GGGCAGCUUUGCUCGGUGUUUGGAAUAUGCAUUCUUUACUCCUGAUAUCCCUUUUGGCAGUAGGUGGGAAUGAAGCAGUGUUCUGGCAGAGGCUCAUAUGCCCCUAUGAAGCCCAGCAGCAGAACCUGCUGCGGGUCUGGUGCCGGCAGAGCUCUGCAGAGUGCUGUACAGGCCUCAAAUUCAGCAACAGCUCCAAGUUGGCUGAUGGAGGCAAACUGAGGGUGACCCAGAACCUGCACUCCUUCACCGUGGAGGUGCUGGAGCCGAGCCCCACAGGUGGGGUUUACUGGUGUGGCCUACUGAGCAGAAACGACACCAUCAUCAAGCUGGCUGAAGGAUAUUUUCACAGCUCCACAGCUGCUUUCAUCUGGAGUUUUACUCGCUGGAUGCUGCUGCCUCUGCUGCCCGUAGUGACCAUAUGUACUCAUGUCUGCAACACAAUAAAAGCAAACCAAUGCAAGAAGCAGGAUGAGCCAUAUGAGGAGGAAGCGGCGGGCAGAGCGCUCAGUGUCCCGCACUAUGAGAAUCCAGACUCUCAUAAUCAGAGGAAUUCAUCAGGGAUUUAAUGCCAUCACUCCACAUAUUUCUACCACCAGCACAAAAAAAGAGAAACAACCCCACAAUUUCUUUCUUUUUUUUUUAUGAAGAAUUAAGUUUGCAUUUAUUGGACAAACCAAACAUAGGCAAACUCACACAUAGUGUAAAGAUGGAACAUGUCAUGGAGUGAAAAAUAAAUGAAGAAUUUCAUCCCAAAACGUUUUGGAUAAACAGCCUCCUGAAACCAGCUUUUCUAAAGUGCAUAUCAUUCUGAGGAAUGUUAUUACUUUAGUAAACAGUACAUAACAUAAAAAAAGUCUCUGGAUUUCAGCAGGACUGUUUCCAUCAUUGUGUACCUGAUUUUGGAAUGAAGCUCCUCAUAUAUAUAUAUAUAUAUAUUUACUUUAUACAUUCUUUUCUUGCUGUACAUUUAAGUCUCAUGCUUUGCUUGAAACUUUUAUCAGCAUUUAUCCUCAAACAAGAGAUGAAAAAUAGCACACAGUAUUCAGGAUAAUGCUGCAUAGUGUCACCUUUGGAAUA